CCCGCAGCAGGUAGCAGCGGCUUGUGCUUAACGCCAUUGGACGCUGCGCCAUGCUAAAACACUCUUGGCAUGGGCGAAAGCCUACUUCAUCAAGAGACUGAAGGACAGUCCCAGGCUUCCAGGGUGCAGAAUCGAAAUGAAUUUGGCUCAACUGCUUGUGUUCUCAGCCCAGCUGCAUUCCGUCCUCAGCAAAGCAGGGGAUCAAUACACUUCUUUUGCCGGCCCUUUCUUGGCUUAUGUUCAUCGGCUGUACCCGUGCCAAACGAAUGGUUCAACAACCCUCCACAUCCGCGCCAGUCACUUCAACCCAGCCAAACCGUGGAUGAAGCAGACACUCACGGGGAACACCAGUAUGACAUUCACCAUCACGGACGUUUAUUGGGGGCGUGCACGCAUGGACGUCCGCUCCAACAACCAAUGGAAAGAGAACGCCUUCGUCUUCAAGCUGCCCGGAGGCGCUUGCUCGAUCCUGAGAGGCAACAUCCCAUCGCUGUUCCGCAUCCUCUACAACGGCGUUGCGGCGGACCCCAAGUCACCCUGUCGGAUACCAAAAGGCACCUACGAGUUCGAGGACGAGCCUGUCGAUUGGGUGUUUCCCAAUGCGCCAAUCAUGCCCUAUGGAUUUUAUCGCUUUUUGGGAUCAUUCGGGCUAGGCUCCACGAUAGAGACGUGUAUUACAGCUGAAUGUCAAAUUAUUCCUAAAGUAGUUUAGGAAUGCAGACUUAAACAUCGUAGGUCUGGAAUAAUUCGUUUACAAUUUUCAAAAAGACUCUGGAAGCGUAAAAAUAAUUAACUGCACGGAUCGUAGUAGACUGCCGAAACAGUUUUGUUUCAGAACUCAAUUCCGUUAACUUCCGAGUGGUCUGAAAUUUCAGAACUUUGGGAUACUGCUGUCAGUAUAAGUGUCCCCACAAAGCGGGAGUCACGUUUCAGAACAAUCACCACUUAGUCUAUACUGUUAUGCAACGGAUGUGUACAGACAAAAGUCUACCGAGCAUCGCUUAAUAUUAUAAAGAAAUCGUACGCAUUGCCUCGUAGUACGAAGCAAAAUCCACCGUAAAAUGAACCAUUUCUUCAUGAUUCGAAGCAUGUGGGUUGGUUCGCCGAGAUGUGGGAAUUUGAGGCACGGGAUUUCCAAGAUUUUAAUGUGCGGCUUUUCGGAUGAAAUUUUGCAGGCUCAUUCAAGAUGGCUCUAGAAUGGUCCCCAAGAAAUAUCAAAGCUUAAUUCGUUCCAGUUUUGUUUCAAAUGGCUUAACACUAGAACCGCUGACUUUUUUGUAUACCUAGAACCGCGGAAGGGGUCAUUUUGACCCCCCAUUUUUUCUGCCCGUAUUUUUUUAAUUUUGCUCAUGUUAUGGGCCCUUAACGAUGUAAAAUGAUGUAUCUGAGAUCAACAAUGAUAUUUUGAGUUAUAUAGGGCCUUAAAAGGCCAAAGGUAGGCAACCCGCAUGGCACGAAUAACCUGUUUUGCUCCUUUUCUACCAUUUUUGGCCCGUCCCUUGUAUUUUUUUUGUUAAAAAAAUGACGGAGGGACGGAGUAUGAUCCAUGCUGUGCGUCCGUCCGUUCGUUCGUCCGUCUGAGGACUUCCCCUGGUCCGAUCUUGACCAAAUUUGAUAUGCAGCCUACUUGGGUGACCCUUCAGAACCGCCCGCUGGCAGCAAAUCCGAUUCGAGCCCCGGGGGCGCUGCUGCAGGUGCAUCAUGGUCUACCUUAGGUCGAGGAGGAUUUCGGCAACGGAUGCAGCUAGAAGAGCAUGAAGGGAAAUUUUUUGAAUCGGGGUGACGAGACAAAACCAACGGUGCCAGUUUCAAGCGGAUCGGAGAGGUUUGAACCCGGGUUCGAAUCCCAGUGGGGUACAUUAAGAACAUUCCUUUUAUUCUAGUUUUUGCAUUGUUGUUGAUGUGUAUGAGGGUGCUGAUCUAAUUUAUGCUGAUCUAAAAACAUCUAUUUUGACCCCAGACUCAGGUUCAAGUCCCGUCCGGAUUAAAAAUAGGCGAAAUUAGUACAUUCCUCAAUGUACGGGACGGGCCAAAGUUGCCGAUGUAUAUCGCAACUUUUCCUGUUAUUCAGUGUAGGGAUGGGUACUAAGUGACGUAGAUUUUUUACCAGAUGAUACCUUUACACUUGAAACGUAUCUGAAACUAUUAGACACAUAAAGGUGACACCGUGCUUUUACUGCUGAGUCCAGAAACCAAGCGGUAUCCUAACAAUAAUACAAUAAUAUUAGGGUGGUGGCUGCUGGGCGGGAUCGUGAGUGUCGCAUGGCAGGCAGUCUGCUCGAAACAUCGACAAUACCUCGCGGGUACAGCGCGAGCGGCACCGGCCAACAAUCCCCUGCCCCGGGUACAGCGCGCACAGAACAGCAACAAUGUCUCACGGCUCGGCCGGUGCAAGCCACAGCUCGGUUCGCACCGACAUUGGCCAGCUCGCUUAGGUCCAUGUAUAUUAUUGGGCUAUCUAUUUAUUUCAUACACAGUUAUAAAAAAGCCCGAACUACUACCUCGAAGAAAACCAAACGAGUAUCAUCUGCUUUCAUUAACGUUCGUUGAAUGAGAUUUUUUUAUUCUACAGAUACCUUACGCGGAACACACGCAUCUUGCAUACAUUUAGGCGUUUGCUCGGCGGGUCGCCUAUGCCGUUGGCCAAGUUAGGUCUCCCAGGGCAGUCCAUAGCACUCCCAAAUGAUUCACCACUAAAAUUGACGCUUGUGACGCUUUUUUAUUGCCAAAAUUCGAACUUCCUGAGUGCAAACAAUACAGGGGUCAAAAUGACCCCUGCCGCGGUUCUAGGUAUAUUGUUGUCCUACGCCCACAAAAAUGGUCCGACAGAGCCGAAAUUUCACUCAAAUGUUCUUUUCUUGUAUUUAUAAAAAGUCAAAAAGCCCCAAAUCCGAGAAGAAAAAAAUAAGUCAGAAAAAUUUAUGACGAAAAUUAAAAGGGGUCAAAUUGACCCCCUCCGCGGUUCUAGUGUUAAAUGUUGAAAGCGUACUUUGGGUCGAUGUUUGUUACACGCGCGUCGACGUUUGUUACACGCGCGUCGACGUUCGUUACAUUCAAGUGGUUUGGGUGGAAUUUCAAAGUGGACAAAACUGACAUCUAUUUAUAGAAAUCGAUUCGUCUGAUCAGGACAAACAAAAAAUCCUAACAUAUGUAAUAGGCUUGGAUGCGAAAUAAACAAGUAUUUAAGCUUCAAAAGAGCAGUAACAGGCGUCGACGCCGGGGUCCUGGCUGAUUACAUCCGAUUACAUCAUUACACUUUAUAAAAACCAUCUAUUUCGCAAGGAAAUGCCAAAUUUGCUUGUACGUAACAGACGCUGUAUGGUGUAAAUAGGUCAAAUGAAGCGGCAAACAUGACCUUGUCCCAGUAUUUGAAAAUGUUUAUCCGAGGGAGGUCGAAAUUACGCGUUGGCGAUUACAGGUUUAUGAUAGCGAGUUACGGCAAAGCGACUGUUUUGAACCUACCAUACUCCUGUAAAAGUAUUUCCACCGUUGCAGUUUUGUUUAAUAUCAAUUUCGAAGCCGAAUAGGGUUGGCGCUUGGUUCGGUGCAGGCACAAAGCACGCUUAGAGCCGCGAAAUACAAAUGCCGGUAGCAAGUGACGCAAUUUGCGGACAAAACUUAUCCUCCACUUUACGAACGAACGAAUCGACUCGAGGUUUCGGGACUUAGGUUAAAAUGUAGGUUAAAGUGUCCACUCUCGAAAACACAAAAAACUUUGGGUGGUUUAACGGCGUUAUAAGGAAUUAGAUUUCACAUUGUGUUUCAAUCGGGGAUUCGGACACCGACAAAACGGCCAUUUUUGUACCUUUCCGGCGGUAUUUGUGGUACAAGCAGUCAAAAAUUUUGUCUGAAAACAUGUACAUGCCUUUCUCUGAAGGUGUUUUGUUGUUACAUAAGGGGUAUUUGCUGAUAGGAAGUCCGUGCAGGUGGUAAUUUAGCUAAACAUCUUUGAUUUUAAAAUUUCCACAUUUUGACGAACCAACCCACAUGUACAAUGCCUUCAUUUCCUUCAUAGUUACGAAGCAAAGGCUUCGCAGACUUUAGUGAGUUUGACGGCAUAUUUGUUAGAUUGUGAAUUUUGUUACGUUUGUUUUUGAAUGCGAUGUCACAUGCGUUUGAACGCGACAUGCCUGUUAAUUGAGGAUGUCACAUUUGUUUGAACGUGACUCGGUCGUUAAAUGAGGAUGUCACAUCCGUUUGAACAUGGACGAACCUUCGAAUGCAUGUGACCCCACAUUGAAACGAAUUGACCAAAACUCUUAUUCUCGAAUAAGAAGUCGCAUUCGUUGAUUUACGGAGCAAUGUGUGAUGUCUCUUCAGAAUUUCUAUCAAGUUUCAUUGUUCAGAUGAAAUGUUAUUCAAACAGGUCAGCGUAAGGAUCAAUAUU